AAGGUUUCACUUCUUAGAUUUAGGUUAGGUCAAGAGAGAUGAAUGAGAAUCGUGGGCUGAAUCCCGUAAAUAAACUUGAAGAAUGAAUAUGAUUUUAUUGAUGAGUUGAAAGAUGAUGAAUACAAAGGAAUGUAUCUUGAGAUGAUUGCUAAAGAAUACGUAAUGCUUUUAAUCUAGUACAAAAGUUGAUAUAUGGAAAAGAGAUCCACUUUGUCUUUUAUCUUCUCCAUCUUUAUAUAGUCUAGGUUUCGUUGGCAACCCUUCAACUAUUCUCCUAGAUAUUUGGCUUCAAUUACGGAGCUCGCUUUAGGCUCCUCUUGACCGAGUCUCUUAAGGUGUUAGCUCACUUUCUGUCGUGACCUCUGCUAUGAUGUCUCCCAGGUCCAGUCGUCAGCUCGGCUUUCAGCUCCCUUUGUUAUGAUGGGCUUAUCGCAACCCACAUGCUAGCUCACGCUUAUCGGUACCUCACCUGAGGGUCAUAUUCGGGUCCAACAGUUGCCCCCAGCUUCCGAAUAAAAUCCUUUGUCUCGGAAGCUAGAAUCUAGCUAUCGAUCUUAUCUUUUCGUUAAGAUAAUGAUUAGUUCUUAUCCUAUUUAGAUUCAGCUUACUCGAUCUAACGGUCUUUAUUACGUUUGGCAGAAUCUAUGGUUCAGAUGGAGAGGGUUUGAAAUGACUUUUCCGAAUCUCGAGAGGUGAUGGGAUAUAAAGCGGUGAACAUUAACUGCUAGCCUUCCACUUUCUCCACGCCUCCGUUCGGUUUUCAAGGUAACUUCUCUCUCUUUAUUUUACUGCGAUUUUUUUUAUCUUCCUCGUUACUUUUCUCUGCAAAUUCUCUCCCAAACCUUGCAAUCGAUUUUCUCCUUAACCUUCCCAUACUAUGGAUCAUCCGAAAGAAGGUUCCGGGGAAUCCGGGAUGCCUCCCUCUGCUUCUGGAGCUAAACUACUGAAAGUUAAGCAAGAAAUCGGAGCCAAGAUGAGGAAGGGGAAAAAGACAGCCAGGGAGGCAAUCGCGACCAGAGUUUCUAAACGGAAGAAGAAAGACGAUUCUAGUGGGAGCAGUCCUCACUCGCCUUCGUUGCUGAAAAAUCAAGACGUGGUUAACCUCAUGGUUCAAGCUCUCGCCCAAAAGGAGCUUGGCCGUGCCUGUAAUUCUGACGAAACCCCCGAGACCGCUCCGGAGGGUUGGUUCUGUUGCCAUGAGAAGUACAUCUCCAAGUCUCACUUGAGAUUUCCUCUUCCGACCCUACUGCUUGAUCUACUAGAUCAUUAUCAGUUAGCCCUUUCCCAACUCUGUCCCUCGGUUAUCCGGGUGAUAAACGGCUUUAUCACUAGGUCCAAAGAGGAGGGGGUUAGCGUCGGUCUUACCGAACUUAUGAGCCUCUUUUCCCUGAAGGAAAGCGCCUCUAAGGAGGGUGGUACCGGGACCUACUACCUCCCUAGUCGUCCCAAUCAUGUUAUCUUCAGAUUCUCUAGUAGUGAUGAUGACUGGAGGAAGAAGUAUUUUUACGUUAAAGUUGAUCCUUCGACGGUUCCUGUGGGUCGGAACCUUAGGGUCACUUGGACUAAUCCAUCUGGUUAGGAAUUCUAGGGAUAUUUUUUUUGUUUUAUUCAUUUAUGGCCGAGUAACCUUUUGCUCUGAUUUACUUGCAGAAAUCGAAGAUCCCCCGAAGCUCUCUACCAAGCUCACCAGGGCUCUAUACCGCAAGUUGCAACAGAGUCCCUGUACCUGGGUGGCCUACACCACUUCUCGAAUAAGUGCAGCCAGAUUCCCAGAUACCUACAACGCCUCUUUCCAAGAUCCCAUUCCUGCUGAGAACCUUGAGAUUUCGGCAGGCGAUUCGGUUGUAUCGAUCUCAACUGGUGCUAGUGCUUCGGGAACUGAAAAGUCUCAGCCAGGUGACAUGACUCUGCGACCGUCAUUCCGUUCUAGGGGUAACCCCUCUAAAGCUGCCAGUGCUUCUCGUGGAAGCGACAGGAACCAAGGAGGAUCGUUCCUUAUCUCAAUGAAGGAAGUUUUGGACGACGGAGGAUCCAAACCUGUUGUCGAGACUACUCCAACUGAGGUUGUAGCUCAGGAUGCUGCUCCUCUCCCUGAGGUCCAGGUGCCGGAGGCUGACUACCAGGCUCCGAAGGGUACCUCUGAGAUCGAGCCGUCGAGACACAAGAGGCCCAGGAUCGAUCAGGGCGGAGCUUCCAUCCGUUCUUCUUCCUCGUCCUCUAGAGGAGGGACUGUUGGGUGGAGCUUUACCCAUUCGAAGCCUGGGUCGAUCCUGGAUGACUCUUGGGGCCUAGCUGCGAUAAUGAGGCACCUGAAGAGCGUGGGAUGUCCCCUUCCAGCGCUCAAGGACCUGACUAACCGAGAUGAGUAUCUCGAUAUUGCCCACUGUAUGGGUCAGUUGGCUGGGGCUGUUAACAGGGCCCAGCUCAGGUUUGAGAAUGCUCUGUGUGCUGCCCCCAAUGCUGGUGAACUUGCUGAGGUUACCGAGAUGGUUAAGGCAGCCAAAACCGAUCUUGACCAAGCCCGGGUUCGAAUUUCUGAACUCGAAGCCGAAGUGACGAGGCUAGGCUCGAAGGCCGAUGCUCAGCAAGGAGAGAUCGAGAGUCAAAAGCUCGAUAUCCAGGUGAAGAGCAGGAGGAUCAAUGAUUUAGAGGCUGCUCGAAAGAUAGCUGAGCAUCAAGUACGUGAGCUCAUUGCCUCAUCCCGGGAUAGCCAGAAGAACAAGGAAGCUGAAGUCAAGCUGGCUGUCAGGGAAGGGAAGAAAGAAGUCGCCGAAGCUUACGGCAAGAUCCUGGUCUGUGUUAAGGAGAAGUUUGCUAGGAAGAAAGAUGAGGUCGACGCUUUGGUGUACGCUCAGGAGCUCCAAGCUAAUGCCGACCUCUUGAAGGAUAUGCUGAACAACAAGAUCCAAAGCGUUGAAGAGGAGUACAACCAAUUGGUGGCCUUAUUACCAGAAGCGACAACUGCGUAUGAGAAGGCUCAAGUCUCUGACUUCUCGGUCAGCAAGCUUCCUCUUCCCCAGAUCUCGGAGAGUUCAGGUACUUUCGAGAUUAACAUGUUUAAUCCAUCCUUUUCUGGGGAGUAUGGCUCUAAUUUGGGUUUGAUGGCUCCUGACUUAGCUCCAGUCGAGGCAGCAAUAGGAGGUGACGGCAAUGUGGUCGAUGAGGGAGUUCCUGCCGGUGCUGGUGAUCCGAUUCAGGAAGAGAAGGAAGAUUGAGAGCUACGGCUCUUUUAACUUUAUGUUUUGUGUUUUUAAGACUUCGGCCUAAGGGCUUUGUUUCGUUAUGUUUUGUGACUUAGUGCCUGAGGAGGCCUUUAAACCUUAACGCUUGCUGGAUUUCAAUAGCCUGGGGAGGUUUUUAAACCCUUUCUUAUGUUUAAAUCGUGGCUAUUAUUUCUGUUUUAAGUUUUUGAACUUAACCUCGUUUCAUUUAAUCAUAGUGAUUGCGAAUCUCA